GCUGCGGCUCUCAAAAGUGGGCCUGCAGCUCCGCAAGCUACCAAACCUUGGUUCGUCGCGGUUCUUACCUGCUCACUCCAGCCACCUCCCACUUGCUCACGCAAUCUGAUUCAUCGCACGCGAUUCCAUCAGACCCAAGUACUAGAUUCGAUCCCGUAGGUCGGCACUGUACGCGACGACAUGUUGCCUACCGGGCGCGGCGCGAUCGCGCAUAUCGAGUACACAGGUGAGGAGGCUGCACCUGAGAUCAGGAAGCUGCUCAGCGCAGUGGUCGAGAACGAGGACGAAUUCGAACGAUGGGAGGCAAUUGUCACUCGCGCGACCGAGCUCGAGGGAGGCGUCACGCGUAACUCGAGCCCAUCAGCAAUUGACCUUGUUCGCAACAUAUACGACUGCUUCCUGCAGAAAUUUCCUUUGUUCUUCGGAUACUGGAAGAAGUAUGCCGAUCUUGAGUUCGCGAUAGGAGGCACAGAGACCGCCGAGAUGGUGUACGAGCGCGGCGUCUGCGCCGUCUCUACAUCUGUUGACUUGUGGGCCAACUACUGUACCUUCAAAAUGGACACAUGCCACGACAACGACAUCAUUCGAGAGCUUUUCGAGCGCGGAGCUCACUUUGUCGGUCUCGACUUCCAGAGUCACCCCUUCUGGGACAAAUACAUCGAGUUCGAGGAACGUGUGCAGGAGCCUGCAAAUGCUACUAGAAUCUACAGUCGCGUUCUACUCCUUCCUAUCCACCAAUUUGGGCGCUACUACGAGAAGUUCACCACCCUUAUCGGUACUCGACCAGUCGAACACCUCGCUGAUUCAGAAACACUGGAGGUCAUCAAGACUGCGAUGCAGCUAGAGAAUCAAGGAUUCCCUGAGAAAGCCCCUCUCGAGCUAGAGCGACAAUUUCGAGAGAAAAUUUAUGCCUUCUACUAUGAGUCCUACCAGCGGACUCAACAGGAAGUGCAUAAUCGAUGGAAUUACGAGCAAGCGAUAAAGCGGGCUUAUUUCCAUGUCACAGAACUUGAAGAUUCUGAGCUGGAGAACUGGCGGAACUAUCUCGAUUUUGAGGAGAAGCAGGGUCAUUUUGAGCGCACGUCCUUCCUGUACGAGCGUUGCUUGGUCGCCUGUGCGCUCUACGAUGAGUUCUGGCUUCGCUACGCACGUUGGAUGUUUUCGCAGGGCAAGGAGGAGAACACACGCAUUAUCUACAUGCGAGCAAGUUCAAUCUUCGUCCCCAUCGAGGCUCCUACUAUACGCCUCAACUGGGCCCGUUUUGAAGAGAAGUUGGGCCGCAUCUCAGUUGCCUGCGAGAUACAUACAGCCAUGCUCGAGCAAGCGCCAGAUCACGUUGAGACCAUCAUAUCUCUUGCUGGCGUUGUGCGCAGGCACGAAGGCAACGACGAGGCUGUCAAGACUCUCGAGGAAUAUAUCGAGCAACGCAGCAGUCAAGUUGGCGGCGUUUUGGUUGCGGAGCAAGCACGCAUUCUGUGGCAAUGCAAGGGCGUAGCCGAGGAGGCCCGCCGAGCUUUCCAGGACAAGCAGUCAAAGCUCUCGGAUUCACAGGACUACUGGUACAAAUACCUGCAGUUCGAGAUCGACCAGCCUUCCUCCGACCAAGAAGAAGCUCACAACCGGGUGAAGGCGGUGCACGAAUCUGUUCGCACUAAAGGUCGCCUCUCUUCUGGAGCAUCCAAGAAGCUGUCUCACUUCUACAUGGAUUUCCUACUCAAUCGCGGUGGCAAGGAUGCGGCGGAGGAGUACAUCAAGCUAGACAAGGAUGUCAAUGGAACCAAAGCACUUGAAGAUCCUGCUGCUCGAUACACCGCGUCCUCGAAGGUUGCCCACCGCACACGUUUCUAAGAGGUCAUACACGUCACCUGCUGUGCGCUCUGACAGCAUCCACGGACAGAUCCACGAGGCUUCACCCUUUUGUGCAAUACGGAUCACCUUGUAACGAUACACAAUGCUCUUAACCAGAUCACGUUCGCCAAAUGUCGCGACCAGUUUCGCUGUAGAAAAAACCACGGCCGAUCUUGAAUAAGUGCACCGUUGUUGAAGAAACAACCUCCAGGUUUGAGCCAUUAAUCCCUUUCACCCCAACAAAUGCUUCAUCUUUGACAGUUCACUUCUGCACAUACCCACCCUGGGAGGUAUGCAUUUCGGCACGGCUACGAGAAGUACAUUGAGCUUCAUUCUACGCUGCUGAGCCUAGAUGAAAAGCAGAUAUGCUUCAAUGAUAGUUUUUGCACUCGGCCAAGGACCAAUAGCACGUAUAGAAGAAAUUAAUGAAAUGCAAAAAA